UCUGUCUCUGGGAAGCGAUGGUUCUUUCAGCAUCGGUUUUGCAGGCUUUUGUCUCCGGGAGGGGAUGGCUUCUCUAGCAUCUCGAUCGCCGGCUUUGUGUCUCCGGGAAGGGAUGGCUUCUCUAGCAUCUCGAUCGCCGGCUUUGUGUCUUCGGGAAGGGAUGGCUUCUCUAGCAUCUCGAUCGCCGGCUUUUUCUCAGGUAGAUCUACCACCCAGAGCGCUUCAGUUGUUCUUCUUGCCUCUCUUUCUAAGUCUCAGAAGACUUUCUCCUCCACUCGGUUGUAUGUGGCGUUUGAAACUAUCUUGAAUGAUUAUGAACGAUUGUAGGCGGUUGUUAGCUUUGUGGGUCUCGUAGAUCCUUCAGUGUGUUUGGUUCAUUGGCUCGAGCUUUGAGUAUAAUGUUCAGGUGGAACAGAGAGUAUCCGGUUAGUCUAUGCCGUCGACGUUGAUCCGUAGAAUCGUCGUGAUAGCUCCGGAGGUUUCGAUUACGACACGGGUUACUGUCCCGUGUUGGUAAUGAGUUUUUUGUGGGCUUUAGGUCCAAGUUUGGCUUUGCAAGUGAUCGGUUUGUCUUUGUGCUUUUUAUUUAUGGUUGUUGUAGUCUCGGACUUGAUUUUUAUUUGGGCUUUCGAUCCAUUAAUAAAAUUCUAGACGACAAAAAAAAAAGUAAUGGUAUACAGUUUUCUUGCCUAACUCCACUAACAAAGCUAACAAUAUUAUACUUACCAACUACUACUUGAAUUUUAAUUUGAUUCAGAAGAGAUUGACUCAUUGGAAUCUUGUUUAUGCUAAUCAGUUAACAACCCCUAACUUAUUCAUUAUUAUUGAUAUCGAAACAAAUCCCACAAGUUAAUAUUCUAGCCUAAUUUAUUUUCACAUCUUAAGGCAGUAAAAUUUUACAAAAGCAAAUUAUAGAAGAAAAAAAUCUUAAGGCAACAAAAAUAAAGAACAACAUAAGAAGCUAUAAUAGUUUAUUUUGGGAACAAAAUCAAGCCAUGAUAGUUUUUAUAAAGAAAACCCAAGCUAUAAUAGUUUCAUACCUACUAAGUUAGUAAUUUGUAAUUUCUUUAUACAUAUAAAAUUAGCUAGCUGGUCAAUAAAAAAUUAGCACUUUUCGAAAGGUUAGAGCAUGACUAACCACGGUUUUUUAGUCGGGGUUCUUAACUUAUGAUUUGACAUUUUCUUUUUUACACUUUUCAACUAAGAAACGGCUCUUAUAUCUCUUAUUUAAGAGACAGUUCUUAACUUUUCUUAGUUAAAAUCUAAGAAAAACUAAGAACCAUUUUUUAGCUGAAGGUAAGAAUCCUAAUUAAAAAAAUGGGGUUAAUGAUGGUCUUGGAGACCGUCCUUUUAAACUAACUCGCCUGCACCAUCCCCUUAUAUCGGGUGUCUAAUUCUACAUCGUAUUCCCUUUUUAUAUUGUCUAACCAAUUACAAACAAAAUGUGAUAAGUAUUAUUUAAUUUUACUAUCGAAACUCGUAUCUUCCUUCCUCUCCAUCCUUUUUCAUCUUACCUUUGAAUCUAUUCAUACUUGUAUAUAAAGCUUUACUUCCUCCUCUGCUACUCCUUUUCUAUCAAUAACCAAAACACAUUCAUUGUUUUAAACUCUAAACCCUACACUCCAAACAUCUGAGCUACCACCAAAAACAAAAAUGAGACCCUUUGGUUUGAUCUUUACGGUCAUGUUCUUGGUCUCAGCCUUUUCGGAAUCAAGAACCGCCGAUUGCAGAGUUCUCCUUGGUGGUUCAUGGGAGGAUAUAGGUCAAUCUAAGAAUCACGGAGUUGAUUUGCGAAGUAAAGAAUUGUUAGGGGUCGUGAUACGUGGUUAUAAAAGGCUACGAUCGAUCUCUUCAGCUGGAGAGAGGAUGCACACAAUGGCUUCAGGACCGAGCAGGAGAGGUGCUGGUCACUAAAAGACUGUUAACCCAUGCACUUACAUUAUGUCUAUAAAUCAAUAUUGCUUAGCUCAGGUUAUAGUAAAUAGUUUUCAGUUGUUAUAGGUUAUUAUAUUUAUUUAGUCGUGAAAGAUCAACGUAAAGUUUAGAGAGGAAAUAUUCUUUGAUCAUACAAUAGUUGGUUCCUUCUAAUAAAAAUCACGUGCCAAUAAAUUGAUAAUUUUGUUUUUGAUUGAAUUUAUAGAAUAGUUUGAGAUCCACGUUAACCGUGUAAAUUCGAGAUGAAUCAGUUUUUUUCCA